AUGACUUCCAGACACCGUCCCCGCCAACGUCCCCAAGGCGUCCCAGCUGAUGAAGAACCCCAAAGGCGACUGCCGGAUUUCCGAGUUGGGAAGUUUGAUUCUUCCUCUGAACCGAAUGAAAUUCACGAUCUUCUUCUCGACAGCGUCGGCGACUGGGAUUCCUUCUCAAAGACUGUUCCCAGCAUUCACAAUCAAGAAUUUCGUCCCAACUCCUCCUCUCUUCUAGGCGUUGUAAGAAUGGACUCAGUCCCUUCCCACCGCUCUUCCGAUAGAGCUUCUAACAGAAAACCUAACGACAGGAAAUAUAGGCAAAAUCCAACAAGUUCAUCAAGUUCACCACAUUCUUCUUCGUCUGGAGUAGCCAGCUGUGCCAGUGUGGAGCAGCUCUUUCGCCAAAUGAAAUUACCGGAUCUUUCUAUGUCGCCGUUUCGCGAGCCGCGAAAACCGCCAUCGCGAAGCAUUACUCAUCACCCCUCGAAACACGCCGCAGGCCAGGCCAGCCUAAUAAAGAAGCCCAAGCCAGAGACGAUCAUUGCCUCGCCAGAUGCGAUGAUCGCUGAGCCUGUGAGACCAAGAACGGACUCGAGAAACAACGACGGAAGAUCCAAAAGGCCCCAGAAGAUUGUAGUCCAUCAAAAAGCUGAAGUCCGCCCAGUUCCCAAGGAGACUCCUUCUUGGGUGAAAAUCGGAUACAAACGCCUCAGCACUCUAAAAAGCUCUGGUCGCAAUGCAUCGAACCCGCUUACGAUGCCCGAUUCCUUGAAGAGGAAGAUCAAGAGCUACGCAAAAGCCGAGGGCGGAAAACGACCAAAGAUUGAGAAGAAAGCAGCGAAGACAAAGCCUUCGACAAAAUCGGUUGAAUCGAAGAUUGAACCAGAGACGCCGCCUAGACAGAAUAGAGCACAAGUGGCGCAGCCCGCGGCCAAACCAGAGCCCCCGAAAGCUCCGAUUCCCGCUCCGAAUGUCAUCUGUCCAGCAGACUCUACAUCUACGUCGAGUUCAUCUCUUCUUCCUUCCAAAAAUUACAUCCAAGAAGCCGAAAGGAUCAAGGAGCAGGCUAUCGAGUACAUGAACAAUGGCGACGCCAUUCUCGGCUACCUUGCUUUCACCGACGCAGCUGCUAAGUUCCUAAUAGCGCUACACAUUCUCUUCGACGAAUAUGAAGAGCACAAGAAACGAAAUAAGGGUAGAACCGACGAAAAACACAGAAGCAUUCUUCACUACACAAAUGCGGCGCUAGAAAUGUGCUACAAAAUAAGAGAUAACAACGCUUUCACAAAUCUUGGAGCGUCAAAAUCUACCUUCGAGAAGCUGUCCGCUUUGGGCUACAAGUGCGAAGCCAGAUUGAGCCUGCUCUACUACAAAAUGAACCAGGGCCAACACGACUACAUGCGCCUCCACAAGGAUCUGACCGACGUCCUCCAACAAAAGUCGGCACGGUUCACCCCAACAAGUCCGGUCCGCUCCGAAUUGAGGGAGCACACUCUUUCGGAGAAAGAAUUCCGAAGCUUGAAAACGUAUCUAUCUGGCAACCAGUGGCUCCUGAAGGCGCACGAAAAGUGGGACAGAGGAACAAAUCUAGCAACAAAGAACCCAGGUUUCUUCGACGUAAUAGGGCGCCUCACGGAGAUCCGGCACCUGCACUUGAUGUGCUCGCUUAAGGACCUCUCGACGUUUCAGAGCGCCGCUGUUAAGGAGCUCCGACACAGGGAGCUACAUUUGGGAACAAGCGAUGCCAGUCCGCUCAGCUGA